UUCGAGUCCGGUGACGGAACUAGAGACACGGCGUCGAUGUAAACAAAAAGUGAAAAGGUGAAAGAUGGUGAAAGAUAAACCAUACGAAACAUGCACCGUGAAGUGCACUUGUGCACCAUUUAAAAUCAGUGGACCCGAUCGGGAAACCGUUUUCUGUACUUAAUAAAUAAAAAAUCCUGAUGAAACGUACAAAAUAUUCGCGGAAAGUUUCGUGUUAAACUAAUAAAUAUUAAUACAUAAAGUGUUAUUGUAGAUAAUGAUCUAAAUACUGAAGAUAACCUGUUACUGAGAGUUAAGACUGAUAAACCCCAGCAGAAAUAUUAAACAUCAUAAUGGAACACCAACAGCUGAUCGAGGAAAUGCCUAUAGUGGAACAGAUGCCCACACAAGAGAGACUGACAUUGGCAAGGAAAAGAAGAACCUUUCAGUUGAGGUUAUGGUUGCAGAAGGAGAAGGAACAUGGAAAAAGGAGCUCCAAAUAUCAAAAAUCGAACAAAAGAGGGAUCUGCUUUAAUGACAGCGUCGUAUUAUUGGAAGCUGCAGCUAGAAAUGACAUUGAUGAAGUUCGAAGGUUGCUAAUGAAAGGCGUGAGUCCGGAUUCUUGCAACGAGGAUGGCCUCACAGCUCUGCACCAAUGCUGCAUUGAUGAUAAUGAAUCAAUGUUACUAUUAUUAUUGGAGUACGGCGCUAACGUGAAUGCAGAGGAUAGCGAAAGAUGGACACCCUUACACGCCGCAGCUACUUGUGGUCAUUUGAAACUAGUAAGGAUUCUUAUAUCAAGAGGAGCCAACUUAUUAGCUGUGAAUGCUGACGGCAACAUGCCGUACGAUAUAUGCGAGGACGAUGCAGCUCUAGAUUACAUCGAAACGGAAAUGGCGAAACGCGGUGUCACUCAAGAACUCAUCGACGACACCAGGGCCGCAACGGAAGGACAAAUGUUGAUAGACUUAAAGAAAGUGGCAGCAGCCGGUGGAAAUUUGGAGUAUUACGAUGAACAAGGAGCUACACCAUUACAUAUUGCUGCCGCCAAUGGCUACCUAUCUGUAGUGGAGUUUCUUCUUGAGAUGGGUGUGAGAACUGACGUGAAAGACAAAGACGAAUGGCAGCCUAGUCAUGCAGCAGCUUGUUGGGGUCACCCGGAAGUACUAGAAUUAUUGGCACAAGCAGGAGCAAACUUAAAUGCUAAGAAUAAACAUGAUGAAACACCUUCAGAUAUUUGUGAAGAUCCUGAAAUAAAAGACAGAAUUCUAGAACUCAGAACGGAGCAGGAAAUAAAGAAACAAGCAGAAGCUAAACGAAAAGUUCGAAGAUCUCAGAGUAACACACGUACACAAUCCGUUAGGCGGACGUCUUUGAGAGAUAAAGGCCUGACAGCAAGAAGGGACGCUGUAGAAGAAGCCAGAUUCAGGUUACAAGCGGAAAGCAAUAGCAUAGAAGUCAUUGAAAAAAAGGCAUCAUAUCCACCACCAUCGGCUACUACAACAACGACGACAACCCCACCAAAAUCAAUAUUAAACAACAAUCACCUAUCAGACUUAAAUUCAAGUACAAUCAACGAUGAAAACAACCACAUAUCUCCAGUCAAUAGUUCUCUUCAUCUCAUCGAAGAUACGAGAUCAGCCCCAGAAGGAAAAGACAACGACUCGAUAGGGGAAGUCGACGGCUCCAAAGAGAAAACCUACACCACUGACGUCAACGGAAAAGUAACCGUCCACGUGGUAGUCACCAUCAACGGGAAUGGCACUUUGGCCGACCUGAAGAAACAAAGGACUCAGAUACGGAACAGCAGUAAUGACGUCAGCAGUUUGACGUCUCCCGUAGGUAGUAUCUCAGAGAACGAGGCAAACCCUGACCCAGAGAGUGAUAUCUUAAGGUUGACGGGUAACACAACUGAAGAAAAUAUGGAUUAUUCCAAACCAAAAAGAUGUUGCGUAAUAAUGUGAAGAUCAAUAUUUUUUAUAGAAGUUUUAGAAUUUUCUUAAAAAGAGAACAUUUUUGUUACGCUACCCAUGAUGGUAAUUUAGAAAUUUUAUUCAAUUUUACGAAAACAAAAAAAACUACCUAAGUGGCGAGUGCUUUCUCGAAAAGUCUUAGGUAAAAAAUGGCCAUUUCUACAUUCCAGUGAACAAAUUUUUGUUUAAUCUGUCAAAAGUUCCUUCUUGUUAAGACUCGUUAUAUAUUAAUUUUUAUGAAGCCUUAUUACGAAUCUGACAAUCUAAUAUGUUUAUUAUAAAUAACUCUUAUUUUUAACAAUGCAUUCAGAUCAGUUAAACUAAUAAGUUAUUGUGUAUAGUUGAUAAUCUGACUCCAUUGUUACCAUACAUAAAACAACAUAUAUUGGUUAUAUAAAAUAAAUGAAUUUAAAUUGUUACGGCAAAAAAAGUGGCUUACGAUCAUUUGAAAACUAAGAGUACCUACAUUAAAAGUUCCCUGUAGUUUAAGUUUUGUUGCUGGAUAGGAAAACAUGAUUUUAUAGUUUGAAAUAAAUUUUUAUAUUCGAUAUAAUCUCUCUGGGCGUCAAUACACUUGUUUAAGUAAUCUAGGUAGAUUCAAUGACGUGGCGUUUGGCAUAUUCCAAUGCGACCUUUUUAGAUCUAUCUUGGUCCUCAAUCUGUAGAUUUCUAGUAGACCUUUUUAAAAGAUCUAAUAACUUGAGACUGAACCAUUCACGUAGCUUUUUGCAGGUGGUAUUUCUUCGCCUAUUGCAAAGAACCGCACAUUUGCCAGACUGUCACACUGACAUAGAAUGUGCUCUGCUGUUUCUUCUUCUAGGUGACAAAGUCUGCAUAAGUUAUCAUCUGCCAAUACCAUCGGCUUCAACUGCCUUUUCAGCUUACAGUGCCCUGUUAGUAGAUUAUGUUAUGGCUUUGACUGUUUUUCUGUUUUGCUUAUUUGGUCUGCCGUAAAUUUUGGCGAAUCGGUUGCUUGGUUCGAAAACUUAACUUACCCACUCCGAAAAAGUGUGACAUUAGAAUCCCAUAGAAUCCCAUUGUCUGAAGGUUUGCUAUAUAAAUAUGUUCAAAGAUGUGUCCUGAGCCCUUAUCCUUAAUCUAUUAAGCAUUCUUUUAGACUCAAGACGCUCGCCAUCUUUAAUCUUGUACGAAAACAGUGCAGGAGUGCGGCUUGGGUAUAUCCCCCCUCAAAGCCCUGAGAGAUGCCCCCACCCAAGUCCUUAACGUUGGAAUCACCUCUUUGGCCACCUCGCACUUUGUCAUGAGCACAUUUAAGUUCUAGGAAACCCGGCAAACCUGAGGAUCUGCUUCCUCGUGGCAUAAGCCACCAAGAUGGCUUUUUGGACUGCCUUAAACUUGUCCACAUCCCAUCUUUGCUUCGGUUAGCCCUCGGUUCUUGGUAUUUUCCCUUUGCGUUGGUUUUUCGGUAGUGUGCUUCCGUCUGACUUUGGCCUUUUUUGACCUUUCGACCUCAGUAAUCUUCUAAGUUAUGGAUUCCAUUUUCGAAUUAAAAAUCCGGAAAACUUUCAAAAUCUUUUCAACCUUAGUAAUCUUCUGUUAUAGAUUCCAUCUUUGAAUUAAAAAUACGGAAAACUGUCAAAAUGUUUUUUUAAUUUUUGCUACUAUCUCUUCUUUUGAUCAAAAUUGUUUACCAAAUAUGAAUUUUUUGAAAUGUGAGAAGUCAACAAUAAAAAGGAGCUGGAAUGGGUUAUAUGUUACAACAAUUAGUACUUUAAUUCGCUGAUUAGCGUUGAAAAAUGUUUUUUUCUAACACAAGAAACUUUCAACAACUUUAAACAAGAAACUUUAAACAAGGGACUUUCUCACGACUUUUUACAUCCUGUUGGGGCACAAAGAUUACAGUAAUAAUCAAAGUUUUACCAGUUUGGAGGUAAUACACGAGCAAAUUUCUUUUUUAACGGAAAAAAAUUAUAUGAGCGCUUUCUUGACCGAUUUCUGGGCCCUAACUCACUUCACAUCCGAAGUACCGAGUUCCCACCUCUCCAUAGACGCCCAUACUCAUGGGUAGAGGGGGGUCGUGGCCCCCUACCUUUUCGGGUGCUUUAAACUAUAUAUUCUCAUCCAAAGUAUACAAAAUUUAAUGUGCAACAUCUUCACGUCUAGCCCCCCCUAAAAUUUUUUAUAUGGGCGCCCAUGCACCUCUUCUUAGUCUCUUGUUCUAAAUUUGGAUCAUGGUACGCCCAUAACACUUUCUGAAAUGCUCCAAAUCUUAUUCGAUUGUUCCAUUGUUAGUGAAUUCGUUGUGCAUAUAUCGCUGUAAAUUUGGGUUCUGAAACCCAAAACUUUAGCUUAAAUAUUUCUCAUGCUGACUAAAGAGAUCCUUAGGGUUUCUACUAAAGAACCCCGCAGAAACCUUAUAGGAAAUGGCUCUCUGUCAAAUGCUCUGAAACUUUGGAUUCUGGUAGUCCUUGAUGUGUAGAACAAAAGACUCAAUGGGCGUGUAGCUCCAAAAAAUCAUGGUUUUGAGAUAUAAGCCUCUGAAGUUAUAGGUACAGUGAGAACGUUUGAGUUAAAAUAAAUUCAUUUUCUCGAGAAUGGGCGACUCUGGAGAUAAAUUACGAAUCAAAUUGAUUUUUAUUUUUAAAUUAUAAUUUUUUGGCAUAUUUUAUAUAUCAUACUAGUGACGUCAUCCAUCUGGGCGUGAUGACGCAACUGAUACUUUUUUAAAAUAAGUAUAGUGGGCAUGUGAUAGUUCAUUUGAAAGGUUGUUCAAUUCUCUAUUCACUAAUAUAAACAUUAACAUAAUUAUUUAUACAGGGUGCCCAAAAUUUUUUUGAAUUAAAUUAAUUGAGACAAAAAGAAGAAUGUAUAAUAUAAUUUAUUUAAUUCGAAAUACAUUUUACUACUGUCAAAAAACAGGAAAAAAUGUUAAUUUGAAAAAUAAACAUUGCUUUUCGCUUAAAUUAAAUGUUCAAACUGCUAAGAGGCACGUGGGUGGCAGCUUUAUUAUUGAAUUUAAGAGAAAAACAAUAUUUAUUUAUCAAAUAAACAUUUUUUCCUGUUUUCGGACAACAGUAAAAUGUAUUUCGAAUUAAAUAAAUUGUAUACAUUAUUCUUUUUGUCUCAAUUAAUUUAAUUUAAAAAAAUUUUUGGGUACCCUUGUUUAUAUUAGUGAAUAGAGAAUUGAACAACCUUUCAAAGGCGCUAUAAUAUGAUCUGUCAAGGUCUUGUUACUGUAUAAUUCUUUAAAUAUUUUUUUGUAUAAUAGACUAUAACUAUUUAAAAGAAUUAUUCACUUUAAGCGUUCCUGCCUUUUCUAUUUAUACUGUUAGUUGGAUCUGUUUCGAGUGCCAUAAACGCUUUCUACCGAGAGAGAAUUAAGUUAUUUUAUCUGUUUAUAACCUGAAGAAUACCUAUUAGUAAUAUGUAUUACCAAAUCAAAUUAUAUAUGAAAUCAACAAAAUUAAAAAUAAUCUUCUUGCCAAACAUGUCUUGCCCGUUAAGUGUUAGCAAACACGUUCCUGAUCUAGUUUUUUUUAUUAGAUUGUCAGAUUUGUAAUAUUUUGCUCUGAUACUGUGCAAGAUAUUGUGCAAAAGUAAGACUUACCGUGUCUCAUGCCAUUUGCAGUAUAAUACGAAGAAAUUUUAGGGUAUGCUCUAUUGUAUGUUUUAAUAUUUGAAAUGUUGGGUUCACGGAUGAAGAAAAUGUUUUCGUAUAUAUUCGGGUAUUCGUCCGUUCUGAAUGUUUUCCGUUCGUAGAUGUUUCGACAUAUUGUAGAUCUUCCAAAUUUCAUUAUUUAUACGUUGUAUUUGCACCUUGUGUUAAAAUGUCGAUGAACCUUUUCUACUAUAAGCAAAUCAACUUCAGACCGGACGAACAUUCUGAGAUAUGCAGAAAGGUAUACACAGUAGAAUGUCACUAAUCCGGCACUUCAAUAAACCGACACGUCAUCAGGGACCCUCCGCCCGUGCCACCCUCUGUUCUGUUGACCGUUCAAAACAUUGGUAUCUUCUAAAGAAGCGAGCGCAUUAAAUCUUAGAGUGAGUAAAGAUAUAAUCACAUUUAGUUAACUUAAUUUAGUAAAUGUUACUGAAACACCCAAAUUGGAUUUUUUAGUGAUUGGUGAAGCUAAAAAUCUCUGAACUUUAAAAAAAUUGUCUCUCAGUCUGCUACAAGAACUAAUUUGAAAGUUAGGCCAUGAGAAAGGUAUUUAGGAAGGGUUCCAUAAAGACUUUGUUCCAGCAGUGAAGAACUUCCCAUCAAGUGAUGGGAAUAUCCAAACCAUCUUCCUACCACCAAACUGCAUACUUUUAAUGCAGCGGAUGUAUCAAAUUGUUAUUCAAAAGGUAAAGUCCUUGUAUGAAAAUGUGAUCCUGAUGAUAAUCUAUCUAUUGCUAAUUGGGUUCAAAAUUUAUCAGGAGAUUCGAGACAAGUAAAGAAGAUUUAAAUUUUUCGUUUGAAGGGAACAAAUCAAUCGCCAAUUUUGACAGAUGAAGAAAUAUGUGAAGCAGUAAAAUAAUAAGAAAGUCUAGUAGAAAUAUGGCAGCUAUCAACUAAUACAACUGUAAAACUAAAACCAGAUACAGCAUUAAAUUGUUUCAAUACCUGCAUAGCAUGGGCUGAAGAAAAAAAUUAGAUCUAAAACAUAAAAAGGCAAUAGGGAACUUUACAAUUUUUUUUAUUUAUUUAUUAUAUUUGUCUACAUAUAGAAACAACACAUACCAGAUAUCAACCCUCAAAUCGCAAUAUUUAAUUUACAAUAACAUUUAAAAAAAUCUCGGGAAAGAGAAAUGUGGGACGUAGGAGGAUUUCCUGGUUGCGAACUUUAAGGGAGUGGUAUGGGUGCAGUUCAAUACAGUUAUUCAGAGCUGCAGCCAACAAAGUUAAGAUUGCUGUGAUGGUAGCCAACCUCCGAUAGGAGACGGUACUGCAAGCCGAAGAAGGACACUUAAAGUUGUGAUCGCCAGCUAUCCAACACGAAAAGCGCAGCACGCUAUGUGACGUCACGCUGCUCGUUCCAGGAUAAGAGAACAACGAACAGACAACACUGGAAGAUUGUUUGUAUUUUUAGUUGACAGUUCGUGUUUUGAAGGUUAGAUUCUUAUCGUGUAUAAUUUCUUUUUAUCUGUGUUUUAAUAAUAUUGAUAAUAAGUAACACAAAAACAAUAUUACAAAUAUUGUAUACUUUCCAUGUGUUCCAAUACCACUUAUAAAACGCCCUGAAUACUAUUUAUUCGUGUAACUGAAGAUCAAAAACGUCGUUUAAAAUGGUUAAAGGCAUGUAAAAGAAAUGAGAAAAAUAUUUCACAGAAGACAUGUGAGUUUCACAUUUUAAUGUGAGUAUAAAAAUCAGACUCUAUUGUCAUCUACAUAUCAGUUCAAUAAGUACUUAUUUAUGUUCACGUCUUUGCUACACAAUGCAAUAAUAAUAUAAUGCAAUUAUAUAAUACCCAAUAUAAUAUAUUAUAUUAAAGCAAUAUACAAUAUAAUAGGUAUUUACUAUAGUAUUACAAAGAACCUUAUAUUUUUAAUACUAAUUCUUUUUAAUUCUUUACGAUUUUAUGAUUCCUUAUGAUUUUAUCACAUAAUGUAUCAUUGCAGCGUUGCAAUACUUAACGCUUUCGCCCGUUUAUAGGGACGACCUUCAAAAUGUCUGGCGUCAUAACCGAUUCCGCCCGUUGAAAGGAUAAUUUAAAUUCUGCAGUUUUUAACUGCUUAUACAUAUUUAUUUCAUAAUAAUAAAAUAUGAGUUUUUUGUAAACGGGGGUUCUUUUAACAGCAUUAAAUAAUGUUUUUCAGUAAUGUUUCUGUAAAAUAAUUUUUAUGUAAGUUCCCUAUUACUUCGUUAUUUAAAUACACGUUCUAUAUAUACGGUUUUCGUAAACAUUAAAAGUUAGUGUGACGCUAUUUGAUACAUGAAUAAUAAACCGACGACCGAGGGAAUUAUUUAGGAGUCACAUUUAUUUCUCAACGCAAAAUAAAUGCAUAAGGAAGGAGGUAUCUAACUCAGUAGAUCAGAUGAUAGGAUAAUAACCACGCUCAAUACACGUAGUCGUUGAGUCAGAUGGGGAAUUACUGAUUUCGUUCAACGCACCAAAUCGACGGGCUUCGGAACACGUUCAGCUCACCUGUUCCGAUGGGUAGGUAGUUACUCUCCGUUCAACGCGCAAAGAAUGACCUAAUGGAUUUCUGUUCGGUCUUUUAUACUUUCAGAGACGGCAUAAGAACAUGUUUUGUUGAAUACAGUCGUACUCUAGACCUAGACGAUAAAAGUAUGUUAUCGUCACACUAUUCACUUUAUGAAAUGUCUUAUUCUAUUUAUUAUUAAUUUUUCUAUACAAUCCAGUAAUCCGAACAUUCCGAUACUCGACUGUCGGAUUAGUGAGAUUCUACUGUAUAUGCAAAAGUGUAUGAAGUGUAAACGCACCUGUAUUAGCAUAUCGUAAGCAAUUUUUUGAUACCUGUAUUAUAUCAUAAGUGUAUACAUAUUCAUUCUGUAGUGCUUGAGUUCUAAAUUGAAAAAAAUAUAAUAAUUUAUGACAAAAUAAUUUUUGUUUGACAAUUUUGGCUAUAUGUUUGUGCACUGUUACUUGUUAAAAUAAUUAUUUCCUUGGCUUAAAUUGAAAAAAAAUGUAAUAAUUUAUGACAAAAUAGUUUUUGUUCGACAAUUUUGGCUCUAUAGAAUAAGCCAAAUAAAAUGUGUAUCGGAACUACAUUUGAAAUUGUCGACCAAUAUAAAAGUUGUACACACAUACAUCAUAGCAACGAUAAGAUCAUUAUCAUCAUCAUCCACCCAAUUCACGUCCACUGCUGGACAUAGGUCUCCCCCAAUUGUUUCCACACUUCACGGUUUUGUGCUGAUUGUUGCCAGUUUUUACUAAUCAGCCUGAUAUCAUCCAUCCAUCGUGUAGGCGGCCUUCCUCUACUGCGUUUAUCUUCUCUUGAUCUCCAUUCCAUCAGCUUUUGUGUCCAUCUUAAAUCUUUCAGCCUGGCGACGUGUCCUGCCCAGUUCCAUUUGAGCCUGGUGAUACGUUCUAUAACAUCGGCAAUACCGGUUCUUUGUCUGAGAUCUUCAUUUCUUAUUUUAUCCCGUAGGGUUACAACCAGCAUUGAUCUUUCCAUACGCCUUUGAGCAACCCGCAUUUUCGACGCUGUUGCCUUGGUUAGGUCAGUGUCUCUGCUCCAUAUGUCAUUACCGGCAGCACACAUUGAUCAAACACUUGUCUUUUUAAACCGAUCGGUAUACUACUUCAAAAUAUAUUUCUCAGCGCUCCGUAGGCUGCCCAAGCAAGAGUUAAUCUUCUUUUUAUUUCGCAUGUUUGGUUAUCUCUGCCAAUUCUAAUUUCAUGACCCAAGUAAAUGUACUUUUCCACUAGUUCUACUUCUUGUUCACGUAUAAUCAGCUGUCCACUAGAAAUCAGAUUAGUCAUAUAUUUAGUUUUAGAAAAGUUCAUUUUCAGGCCUAUUUUCCAGCAGAUAGCAUCUAACUCAUUUAGCAUUUCCCUUACUUCUCCUAGGUCAUCAGUUAUAAGGACUAUGCCAUUUGCAGAAGAUGAUUUAACUUUUCUCCGUCUAUUGUGAUCCCUUUAUUGUCCCAGUUGAGCAUCUUAAAGGCAUAUUCCAGAACAGUUAUGAAUAGUUUUGGCGAGAGUGUAUGUAGUUCCGAUACACUGUAUUAACUGCGUAUGUCCCGUUUUUAUUUGGCCUAUUCUGUAUGUUUGUGCAUUGUUACUUUUUAAAAUCAUUCUUUCCUUGGCUUCCUUUCGCAUCUAGGCUUGUGAUAUCUUCUACAGUAAACGGCAAUUAUGUAAUAGAACAUAAUUAUGUCAAUUAGCGGUAAUUAAGUCACAUAUCUGCCACGAAGUACGUGCCGAGAUUCAGAUCGUUUCACACUCUCUCCGUAAAUGAUGAUUGCUGUAUGUAUACCUAGCCUUUAUACCAAGUUGGUGAUUUAUUAAUUUUUUAAACUACUUAACAGUAGAAGAUAUGAAUAUAUUUCAGGUAUCAUAAAAUAUAAUAACUUAUUGUUAAAUUAAUAAAAAAUUAAAGCUCAAAUUAUUUAUUAUCGAACUAUUUUAUUAAAUCAUUUUAAGCUUAAUGUGUUCAUCGACUUUUGAAAAAGAGCUUAUUGUAUGCCAAACAUUUUGAAAACUAUUUUCUAUUUCAAAAUGUUCUGAAAUUACAUAAAGGGUAAUGUAACAUAGUAAAUAAUUAUUUAUUUAUCGUUUAAAAGUAGUCUUAAAUGUAAUAAUAAUUUAAAACAAGUAUUCUUUAAACAAAACAUUUUUAUAUUGCAUCAUCAUUAUCAUCAUCUUUGGUUCAACAAUCCUUUAUGGAUCCUGUCGUAUUUAAAGAUUCGUCGCCAUUUUGUUCGGUUUCUGGCGACCUGUUACCAUCAUUUGAUAUUUAAUAUUCCAAAUCGGUCUCAACACCAUCCUACCUAGGCACCUAAUUCGUGAUCGGUCUUUGCUUCUUCUUCGUUCUUCCUGUGGUUAGCUUUUUAGCGAUUCAGUUGACUGAAAUUUGUAUUAUGUGUCCAGCAGAUCUGAGUCACUGUUCUGAUUCUUCACGAGAGAAGAAAUUUCAUUUAGUUUAGUUCCAGCAUCUUUCCUGAAUAUUGCCAUAAUAUGUUCAUACAGUGGUCUUUAAUUAUUAGGUUUUUAAGAUCGGUGUAUGGGUAAUUUCUUAAUUUCGUUGUAUAUUUUGAGUUUUUUUAAAUUUUAUUGAUGUUCUUUUGACGGGUUUCUUGUUUCAGCUGUUUGAAAGCUCUUAAUACCUUACCUUGAACGCGUCUGUUUCAGUUGGCGUUUAUGAGUUGUUUGUUCCCACUUUUUAUUUCUACUCUAUAAAAUUUCGAAUUUAAUAUCAAAAAAAGAUCAUUCAUAGGGCUUUUUCAUUUUGUUUUGAACGGCAAUAUUGGAUCUCAAAACAUUUUUUUUGUAAAAAUACAACAGCAGAGAUUAUUACUGUUAUAAAAGAUUAUUUACUAUGUUAUAAAAGGUUUCUUUUAGCAAUAAAUAUCCGAUAUUUUGGACUGAAUAGUUGAUUGUUGUUUGCACCUCUUCCUCUUAUAGUGUUCUGGAGUUUAAGAUUAAUUUAUUUAAAAUGUACAAUCUACUUCAGAAUUAAAAUUCUAUACGGAAUUAUGAAUAUAGGAAAUUAUUAGUCAGACUUAUUUUUAUAAUUUUUUAUUAUAAAUAAUUUAUUCUUUUGAGUAUAAAAACCAAUGAUUUUAUUCACAAUUAAGUUUACAAAUUUCUAUGACAAAUCAUGUAAAGUCUAUCUCAAAGUAUAUCGCCUUGAUUUUCCUUCUCUUUAAACGAUUUAUUUUCUUUUAACAUUUGUCAUUAGAUAAACACAUGUUAGAAUCCCACCAUAUAUCGCUUAAAUAAAGAAAAACCAAGACCACAUAAUUUAAGACAAAGUUUAUGAAUGGCGGACUUCCGAAAUUUUUGCUGAAAUAAAUCUUGUGAAGCAUUAGCCAAAUUUUGAAAUUAAAUGUCUGGAUAUGUGUUCAUAAAAGUUUUUGUACAUAAAGUUCAUAAGUUUAAUUGAAUAUUAGACACAUGCUUGAAUAUUUUCAAAUAAUAUAGUAGGAAAAACACCAAUCCAUGUUAUUUAGAACACAUAGAGUUUAGAUAUAUGUUAGACAACUAUAGUGAUACAAAUAGUAUUUAAAACCCCAAAUAAAGCAGUAUUUUUGCACCUAAAAAAAUUGUUGCUCGUUUGACUGCCUUAAACACAAUUAUUAAAAAUUAAAUCGUUAAUAUAUGAAGGGUUAAAUAUAUAUUGUUAAUUAUAAAUAACGAUUUUGAGCUGAGAAAUCAGUGAUUCGUAUUCAACUUUUGUAAUUCCUUGAUGAAGGUUGUGAAUUUAAUAGGAGAAAUUAUUUUCUCCGCCUGUAAAUUAAAAACUCAUGGAGAAAAAAUCAGAAUGGAUAUAUAAUAUGUAAAUUAUUUAUUGAGACUUUCACCUAAAUAGUACAAUAAAAUACAGCAAGCAAAAUAGUGAACGCAUUUUUUCUGUUAAGGUAUCAAAUAAAAUAUAUUCAAUAAAAUCAUAUAUAAUAUUUAUUGAAAAAAUCUAUAAUUACGAUAAUAAUCGGUAUGUAAAAGUCAUAAAAUCGGGAAAUGGCUGAAAGGCCGGCGUUGGUGUACGGCGGUGAAGUGUGGCCUUAUGGUAAUGAACGAAGGGAAUCUGCAAAAACAUCACCAUAAUUUCUUAGAACUUAGUCAAAUAUCUUACGUUAAAGUUGUAUAAAGAUAAGUUGUAUCAACAUAAAUAUGGAUAUAGUAUCAAUGCUUAUUUUUGAUUUUUUCUCCAUCAAUUAUUAAAAAAUAUAAACUAAGCAUAGAAAUCGGCCCACUUGAAACUUUUGACUUGAACUAUAUUUUUUUCAGAAACUAUUACUCGGUUCAAAAAAGGGAGAUACUGUUCGAAAGAUAAUUUAAUAUGCUUUAAUAUGAGUACACAUUUAUGAAAAUUUAUUUCGACUUUAUGUUUAAGAUGUAUCGUAAAAUUAAUGCAUCAAGCAAAUUAACUUUUUUUAUUGCUAACACAAAAAGGCUAUUUGACAAUUAAAAAUUUAACAAUUUUAUUGUUUUAAUAAUGGGUAUGUGGCGACACGCUUUAAUUACUAUUUUUGCUAAUUUUAUUUUUUAUAACUUUUCUCAAAACGAAAUAAUAUGGGUCAUAUAAAAUUCACAUUUAAUAUACAAACCAGAUGUUAAGAAGGGCCGUUAAGUUUUACGAAACGAAAUGUAUCCCUAACCAUAUGUUUUUGGUGUGUUCAGUUUAACAAACUGAAUUCCCCAUAAAUUAAUUACCUUAUCAGACCUUAUGUCAAUAACGCACUUUGGAAAUGCAUUCGAAGACGUUCCUUAAAACUACAGAAAGGUUCUGAGCUUUUAAAACGCCAGAUGCAGUAAUUUAUUGCCUUUUCUAGCAAUAUUGUAAAACCGCAAACAUGAUGAUAAUAAACUUACUAAGGAAGUAAAACUUCACUUGUAGGUAGAUGGUAUAUAAAUUUAUUAAAAUUUUUUAUAAAAAGAUCCCAAUUGGAUUAAAGUGGGUUCAUCACUAGUACAAAAAACACAAACGUUUUCGGACCAAUCAGUCCAUCAUCAGGUUGAAACCUAAAAUAAGUAAACCACUGUAUAAAAAGGCUAAGUUGAAAUUUUGACUGUUAGAAAGUUAGGAAAAAUUAAAACAUGUGGUUACUCACUUCAAAGUAGUUGGAACUAGCUACAUAGUUAGAUCGAAAGACCUUAGUAUUACAAGAAUUAGGCCAUUUUGGCUGCAAAAAUGUCGACAAUAAGUCGAUGUUAAAGAAUAUAAAAAUAUAAUGAGACUAUAAUGGAGUCUUCAUCUUGGCUUCAAACUGACAGACUGAAAUAUGACAUUGAAAGAAUAUUGACUUUCUAGAUAGAGAAUUUUAUGUGUAUAUAUCCAUUUGUUUGAUCUUCUGUCUUGCAGUUGUAUUCCCAACAUGAAGCUUUCCAUUUUUCUCUGAGUUAUUUCUAUUUUGUUUAUGUUGGCCUUUGUUAAUGUCACGGGUUUUUAGGUACUGUUGCAUCUUUAUGCUUUUUAGUAUCCAUCUUAACUUUCCAAACGCUGCCCACGCCAAUCUGAUUCUUCUUUGUACUUCAAUUGUUUGGUUCUCUUUAUUAGCUUUGAUUAUUUGACCUAGGUAUAUAUAUUCGUCAACAACUUAAAUAUUUACGUUAUUUAUAUUUAUAUUUAUUCUCUCAUUUGGUAUGCCACAUUCUGUCAUUUGGUCAAGGUACCACAUGCAUUGCUAAAAUCUCCUCGAUGUAUCUAGCACCCGCUAAACCUCCUCGCUCGUGAAGACGGUUACCACUACGAAUGAAAACAAAGUCGGUCCGUUCCAUAGAAAUUGUACCCCAGAUCAUGUAGAAACCACCUCCGUAAGGACUACUCUCUUCAAUGCAGUAUUCUGCAAAUCGCUCUCCUCUUUCCACUUUCUUUCUUAGGUUGCUACCAUAUAUUCAUAUUCUGGUCUCAUCUGAAAACAGAAUAGAUCCCAUUGUUCCAACGUCCAGUUCGGAUGAUCCUGUGCAAAACAGGCGUGCUUGACGAUGAGCUGCAGUAAUAUUUUUGACCAAUCGGCGAUACUCGAGGAGUCGGAUUAUUUUCCUUCAGUCUUCGUCUUACUGUCCACUGACUAAUAACCACUCCUCUUAUUUCACGGAGCUGUUAUUGCACUUGAACGGCAUUAAGGUGUCGAUUUCUUAAUACUGUUGACACAAAAAAGCGAUCAUCACGAGCAGUUGUAAGUCGCUUCGCUUUCUACCAGUUCCAGGUCGUCUACGAAAGGAUUCAGUCUCCUUAUAACGUUAGAACAUUCUUCGAACCGCGGCGGGCGGCGAGUGUCAUAUCCAGUUGUACAGCAACAUCUCGCUGGCUAAGUUCAUUUUCUAUUAAUACAAUAUAUUGGGCUGCUGUCUCUGGUGUAGUAUCUUACACAAUAUCAUGAAACUUACACUUGAACACUAAUUAAUUAUGAAAAACGAACAAUAUGGAAUUAAAAAUGUAUAAGCAUUUUCAAUUUCUUUGCAACACGAAAAUGCAGCAGCUGCAUAAUGCUCUGGUUAAAUCGGAGAGUGCAGGAAGAGUCUAUACCGGUUUCGGAGGUCUUUUCCCCCUCAUCAGUAGUCCCAUAUCCUCCUCUCUCCGAUUUCCCCAGGCAUCACACUUUGGGCCCUUCCGUAUUGCAAAGAAAGAAAUGUCACGGAUGAACUAGAGCCAUCUACCGAAGAACAAAGUAAGUUAUCAAUAGAAGUAGCACAGAAAGCGACAAUAAAUAUCGUUCCCAUACCACCAGAUUGACAACAGCUGGAAUACUUUCUUUGGUUACAAUACUUUACAUAUGGAAUUGUUAGUUGCAAAGGCAAUAAUAACAAAUUUUGAUUAUUUCUUAUUAUCGUUAUAAACAUCAAAUAAACACUUUUCUAUGUUUAUUGGUUCCUACGCAUCUAAAUGAUAAGCAAUCCAUGACAAAUUUUACUCAACGUAUCAUCUCAUCUUUUAAACAAUAUAUCCCUUUUUGAUGCAAGAAGUUUUAGAAAUAAAUACCUAUAGCUUAAGUCAAAAGUUUAAAGUGGGUCGAUUUCUAUGCAUGGAAGUUUAUUUAAUUGAAAUGUUAUUUCCUAAAAAUGUAUAUAUCGAACUUUAGCACAGAAUAAAAGUAAGUUAUUAUGUUAUUCGUCCAAGAGAUUGCCGCUUUUUAAAUAUUUUUGCAUUUGUAGGGUAAUAUUGUAAAUUUAUACAUAUAUUUUUGUUAUUGUAUAUAUUUUUUUAUUUAUAGUAUUGGUUUUAGUAUUGGUUGCAAUUUUGUACAGUAUUAUGUUCUACAAUUCUUGUAGGUAUUUAAAUGAAACAAUGUACCUAGUACCUAUGAUAUUGCAGAUAUUCAAAUUUUUGAACUAUAAGAAUUAUUGCUUAAUAUUAUGUUCGUUUUUUCAAUCAAAAAUAAGAGAGUACACUAAUUUGAAACGUAGUGCAUUUAUUAUAAAACACAUUAGUUAUUCAUAUCAGAAAACUUUAAGCAGCUAAGAGAUACCAUUUUUUUAAUGAAUUCAAGUUAAAUUUUUUCAAAACUGUUUUAACUUUGUGGAAAAAUCUUUAUUUGUCUGAUUUGAAUAUUACUCAUACAAUAGUAUAACAAUUUUUUUGUACAUCAACUGAUGUUCACUUUAUUUUGUACCAGAGUUGUUUUUAGUUCUACAUAACUAUAUUUUUUAUUUCGUCAUUACGUAUGUAAAAAAAAGAUUGUUUAUUGUAAACUGACUGUGACUUAUUUUUCUAUUAACAUAGUUAAAUUUUAUAAGUUGUUGAACUUAUUUCAAGUUUAUUUCAUUACUCGGUUUGAAUCCCAAUUUAUUUAUGGAGUUCGAAAUAUUUUUCGCUCUUUGCUGUUGUUUUGCAUUCUAUGAGUUCAUUUUGUUCUGUCGACCCUUUCACAUUUUGCAAUUUCUUACUGUUCUAUUCCUAUAAUUUUUAAUUGUAUGUAAUUUACAGUCGGAAAAGUUAAAGAAUACCCAUGAACGAUCACAUCAAUCACUUAUUUUGUAUUUGCUGUCAUUUUCUAUAACAAAUUUCAGUUAUUUAUAGAAAAAGACAGCAAAUACAAAAUAAGUGAUUGAUGUGAUCGUUUAUGGGUAUUCUUUCAUUUUUGUGACUGUAUGUGAUGAAGAUUUUUAUAUGGGAUUAAGCCACAAUCUGUUAUACUCAAUAAAAAUUACAUUUUA